AUCGCCUCCGAGUUGUUCACAGAUAUACUGCAAGUCAUCGACAGAUUGCAUACCCGGGCGCCCCCUAUAGUGCACCGCAAUAUAAACCCGCAGAAUAUUCUCGUUAAAUACGAUGAGAGCACCGGCAGUUUUGUGAAGUUAGGUGGGUUUGGUCUGGCGGUUGAGCACCGGGAUGUCGAUGAGACGCAUACCCAGUGCGCGGGUGUCGACGCAUAUAUGGCCCCUGAGGUGAAGAGGGGUCGGCGUUAUAACCAGAAGUGCGAUAUGUAUAGUCUGGGCGUUUUGGUUCAGGAUCUGUUUAAUGUAGAUGUCAAUCAAGUCUACAAAACUGACGACAAAUUGAACGCAAACUACGAGAAAAUCCGGAAACUGGUGUUACGUCUACUAAAUAACGUGAGUUUCGGUCGACCCUCGGCUCACGACCUACUCGUCAGGCGCCAGGAGUGGGCCCUCCCUUACGGUGCCGUUCGCACCGGUAUUACGCAUACAAUGGACGCA